AUGUCGUGGAACUACACGGUGACGGCGCACCGUCCGUCGGCCGUAUCGCACGCCGUCACGGCCGCCUUCACCGGCCCGGACGACCUCAACCUCAUUGUCGCAAAGUCGACGCGGCUCGAGGUCCACGCAGUCGACGGCUCGGGCGAGGGGCUGCGGCCGCUGCUCGACGUGCCGCUGUACGGGCGGGUCGCGACGCUGGAGGUGUGGCGCCCGCACGGCGCCGGCCACCCCGACCUCAUCUUCCUCUCCACCGAGCGCUACCGCUUUGCGCUUCUCGCCUACGACGCCGAGAGCGGAGAGGCGAGCGCUGCGCCUCCUAGUGCUGGCGCCUCUAGCGCCGCCGCGGCCAUCGUCACCAAGGCGGCGGGGGACGUCUCCGACAAGACAGGCCGCCCCUGCGACUGCGGCCAGAUCGCGGCCCUCGACCCGCAGCACCGGCUGCUCGGGCUUCACAUGUACGACGGCCUCUUCAAGAUCAUCCCCGCGCUCGCGGGAGGCGCGCCACCCCGGCCUGACCGUCGUCCCUGUCGCGUGCAACUCCCUUCCGCGCAGGAGCUGUACCUGCUCGACCUCUGCUUCCUCGCCGGCACGCCGCGCCCGACGCUCGCCACCCUGCACGAGGACUCGAAGCACCAGCGAUACCUCAAGACGCACGAGGUUUCCGUGCGGGACAAGGCGCUCUCCGACGGCCCCUGGCCGCAGGUCGACUGCAGUAUUUAUACGUAUAUCGCCCCACCCCGUCCUCCUCGUCAGAGGCCAGCACCGCGCUCGGAAGACCUGCGCACGUGUCUGGCCGCAGGUUGCCGUCGAGGCGUCUCUGCGUCGGGUGCGCCGACUCUCUUCCGAGCCCACGGCCGCGUGGACCCAGACGGGACGCGGUGGCUCCUCUCCGACGCGGCGGGGACGCUCUACGCGGGGACGCUCUACGUCCUCGCCAUCGGCUUGACGGACCGCGCCGAGGUGACAUCGCUCACGCUCGAGCGGCUCGGCCAGACCGUCGCCGCGUCCGCCAUCUGCUACCUCGACAACGGCGUGGUCUACCUCGGCUCGAGCUGCGCCGACGCGGUGCUGCUCUCUCUCUCUACAGAGGCGCACGAGGACGGCUCCUACUUCUCCGAGCUGGCGAGGUGGGAGAACCUCGGCCCGAUCGUCGACUUCGCGGUCCUCGACCCAGAGGGGCAGGGGCAGGGGCAGGUCGUCACUUGCUCGGGCACGCGCCGGGACGGCACCGCCUUAAGGGAAGCAAGCAUAGGCUCGAUCCGCGUCGUCCGUUCGGGCGUCGCCUUCGACGAGCGGGCGUCGCUCCCCCUGCCCGGCGUCAAGGCGAUGUGGUCGCUGCACGCCUCCGGCUGUGGCGGCGGCGGCGGUGGCAGCGGCGGCGGCGUCGCCCCGGCACGGCUGGUGCUGUCGUUUGUGUCGGAGACAAGGCUGCUCGCGAGGGGGACAGGCGACCAUUUGGCCGAGGUGGAGGAGGGGGGCGGCUUCGACACGGAGAGCGCGACUGUGUUUGCAGCCUCGCUCGCCGGCGGCGCCGCCAUUGUGCAGGCGACGUCGCGCUGCCUGCUGCUGCUCGAUGCCGCCUCCCUCGCUCAGCUCGGGGUCUGGUCGCCGCCUGACGGAGCCGCCAUCACCCUCGCUGCCGCGCACGGCACCACCCUCCUCCUCGCCACCGCCGGCCGCACCGCCGCGCUGCUCCGGACGGACUCGGGAGGCGCGGCCCGCAGCGGCGAAGGCCCUUGCGGCCUGUCUUGCCGAGGAGCAAGUGUGAAUGACCGCGUCCGUUUGUCAGCAGGCGCGUGCGGCGGCGAGCCCCUCCUGGCGGCGGUCGGUUCGUGGACGUCGUUUUCCCUGUCUCUCCUCUCGCUCCCCUCGCUCGCGCCUUGCGGCACCACCCCGCUCGGAGACAAGGGCGCGCCGCACGAGUACCUGCUCUGCGGACUCGGCGACGGCAAGCUGCUCUACUUCCCGCUGCCGACCGCGGAGGACGCCGCGCCGGUGCUCGGCGCGCCAAAGGCGGCCCCCGCGUCGCCACGCCGCCGACAGAGCCGCUCGUUCCCGCUCGUGUUUUGCUGCUCCGAGCGGCCAGCGCUGGUGCACGCCUCCGCAGGCCAGCUGCUCUUCUCGUCGGUCAACUUGCCCGCAGCUCACGCCCUCGCGCCCUUCUCGUGUGACGCCCUCCCGGGCUGCCUCGCCGCCGCCGACGAGGAGCCGCGGCUGCUCGGCAGUGUUACGGGCUGUGCCCGGGGGGGAGGAGACCGAGCGGUGCGAGCUGCGCGCGCUCGACGCCUCCGGCCCCUCCGACUCGCUCGGCCUGGUUCACCCCCUGGCUCCUCGCCCGCCAGGUACAAGCUGCGCGUGUUCGACGACUCCUCCUUUGCGGAGCUGGCGUCGGCGCACCUGCUUCCGGACGAGGCGGGCCUCUCCAUCCUCGUGUCGGGGCUCGGCGAGGAGGAGGCGGCCGAGGGCGGCUACAUCGUGGUUGGCACUGCGCACAUCCUGCCCGACGAGCCGGAGCCAACCUCUGGCCGCAUCCUCGAGGGCUCGCUCGAGCUGCGGCACGAGGCGGCGGUGCGCGGUGCCGUCUACUCACUCGCCGAGCUGUCGUCUGGCCUGCUGCUCGCCGGCGUGAACAACAAGCUGCAGCUCUUCGAGUGGGAGGCGGGUGCGCCGCGGCUGGCGCUGCGGGCGGAGCACUGCGGCCACAUCCUGGUGUUGUACGUGCAAGCGCGCGCCGACUUCAUCUUGGUGGGCGACCUGAUGAAGUCGAUCACGCUGCUGCAGUGGUCCGCGGGCGAGCUCACCGAGCUGGCGCGCGACGUCAACGCCAACUGGAUGACCGCGGUCGCCUUCCUCGACGACGACACCUUCCUCGGCGCGGAGAACGCGCUCAACCUCUUCGCGGCUCGCAAGCGGGCCGACGCGCCCACCGAGGAGGAGCGGGGCAGGCUGGAGGUGGUGUGCGAGUUCCACCUGGGCGAGUUCGUCAACCGCUUCCGCCGCGGCUCCCUCACCAUGCAGAUGCGCGAGGCGGGCGCGGAGCCGCUGCCGACGAUGCUGUACGGCUCCGUCAACGGCGUGGUCGGCGUGGUCGCCUCACUUCCGCAGGAGCUGUACGUGCGGCUCGCAAAGGUGCAGACGGCGCUCUCCCGCGUCGUCAAGGGGGUGGGUGGGCUCUCUCACGCGUCGUGGCGCUCCUUCGUCAACGACCGGAAGACCGCCGACGCGCACGGCUUCAUCGAUGGCGACCUGAUCGAGGCCUUCCUCGACCUGCCGCCGCGCAAGAAGGAGGAGGUCGUCGCUGGGCUCGACAUGACCGCCGAACAGCUCUCGCGUGUCAUCGAGCAGCUGGCGCGCCUCCACUGACAUGUCCACUGAGCUGCCUCGGAGGGAUCGCGCUUCGCGGAUCGGGGACAGUUUCGGGACAGUGGACGCGAAGGUGCUGCGGCUCAUUAGCAGAGCGAGGUGUUCAGGCUUGUACGCAAAUUAUCAGGGCCGCUCCG